AUGUAUAAUGUUUCAAAAGCCACAUUAGCUGAGAAGGUCCCAGGUUUGUCCUGCCUGUCUCGCAUUCAGAAGGACUGUCUCACCUCCACCAAUAGCGAUGCCUCAUUCCACGACAGCAGUGUCAGCAGACAGUCAUCAGUCUCUAAGAACAAACUCCACACAACCUUCGCCAGCGGCUCCAGUGCUAUGGUAAUGGGAGAAGUGGAGCUGGACCUGAUGGAGAACAGGCGCAACUUGUCUAAAGUGUCAUUUAGAGACUCAUCUAGACAGCGGAUCCUCAAAUGCUCCUCACUGCUGAUAGAGAAGCCUUCAGUACAGAUGAGUGCGUCGUUCAGUCUAUGCGAGCGAGAUCUCGUCUCCAGUUCUCUCGCCUCGGCAACAGCACCGACGGUCGUUUACACUAAGAAGAGCGGGAGUGCCGAUAUAACCUCUGACCUCUCGUUUAACCCUAAGAAUGACUCCAUGACCCACAGCUUCUCGGAUGCUCCCACAAUCGUCAUCAGUCCAGCUUCAGAGAGCAACAUGAGAGAAGAUACAAAAGGAGAAGAAAAGUCUGGAUCUCACUGUCAGGAUAUAAUGUUUGACCACACAAACAUAAACUGCCCAGCAGAGCUACUGGAGACUACGGAGAGAUUUCUAACAUGAACCAAGCAGCACUGAUCUGAGACCGUGAGACUGUUAAAUAAACUCUAGUUCUAACUAGUUGUACAUUUCAUGAAGGAAACAUCGGUGCUUGCUUGCAGCAGCUUAAUAAUAUUAAAGUUUGAGGUAACUUAGGUAAGUUUUAGGCUUUGGUUCAGUGUAAAUGAGAAAUGACCUUUUUAGAGGUUGGUAUUAUUUUUGUGUGUGUAUGAUGAUCAAUCAUUGUUUGUUUUUAUUGAAAACUGACAUAAUUUUGUCAAAAGAAAUGAUAGAAUAAUAUAUUUGUACUUUACUUUUGUCUUUGAACACAAUAACCUCAUGGAUCUGGACAGUUUUUCCACUCAAGAAAAAUAUGUUGUGUUUAUUGAUCAGUGUUUUUUUUUCUUGCUGGCUACUAUACUAAAAUAUUUAGAUUUUAAAU